AUGAAGUGGCUCUGGACUAACACAACACAAGUUGGAUUUGGAGAAAAUGCUGUUCUUGAACAUCUUAAUAAGUUUGUACAGCCGAAAUCUAAAGUUGUUGUUAUUUUUGGAGGUGGUUCCAUUGAUAAGAAUGGUGCCCGUGCUGAUGUCACAAAAGCUUUAAGCGAACUUGAAGUCGAAGCUCGUUGGGAAGGUGGUAUCCAACCAAACCCUGAUUAUUCUCGCUGCAUGGAGAUCAUCAAAGUUGUUUGUGAAUUCAAGCCAGAUUUACUCCUUGCUGUCGGAGGUGGCUCAACAAUCGAUGCUACAAAGUUCAUUUCAGUUGGUGCCAAACUUGAUCCUUCUAUUGAUCCAUGGGAGAUACUUUCAAAGAACAACUAUCCAAAGACAAACAUCCCAGUUGGAUCCGUCUUGACACUCCCAGCAACAGGUUCAGAAUGGAACUGCAACUUCGUCAUCUCGAAGAGAGCAACAGGAGAGAAGCUUGGCAGUGCAAGUCAGAUUACUUUUCCUAAGUUUUCUCUCAUUGAUCCGAAGUACACAAUGACGCUUCCACCACGCCAGCUUCGUAAUGGCCUCUAUGAUGCUAUGACUCAUUGUGUUGAUCAGUUGAUCACUGGUCAAGUUAACCCAAUGAUGGAUAACUUCUGGAUGUCCAUCAUGCGUGAGCUCGUUGAUAUAUCAGAUGAUCUCAUGAAGCCAAAUUCAUCUCUCGAGUUGCAUGGAAGACUCAUCACUGCAGCUACAUUCGCUCUCAACUUUAUCUUCACACUCGGAAAGGAGACAUGCUGGGGCAUUCACGUAAUCGGCCAUCAGCUUACGGCUGAAUAUGGAAUCGAUCACGGUGCAACAUUGGCAAUGGUUGCUCCACGCCUUCUCAGGAAGCUCAUCUCAACACGCGGUUACCUGAUGGCUCGUUCUGCAGAGCGUGUAUUUGAUAUCCACGAGGGCUCUGACGAAGAGAAAGCAAAGAAGUUCAUUGAUCUUCUUCAGCAGUGGUCAAUCAAGUUAGGCCACGUAUUGACUGUCCAUGAGUGGGAAGGUGCUUCUGAAGUCAAGCCAGGAGAUGUCGAUAAAGCUACGAAGAUGGUCAUGGACACAACAGGUGGCAAGCCAUUUGGCUGGAACCAUGAAAUCACAGAGGCUAUCACACGUGAUGUCCUUAAGGAAAUUAUCGUUUGA